AUGGAGUACAAUCUGGCCGAAAAUCCCAAUACUAUGUUGCCCCCUGGUACGGUGCAUCUGGUUGCUGAACAAUCAAACAAAAUUAUUCUGGUUCCCAAACCCUCAGCAGAUCCAAAUGAUCCAUUGAAUUGGUCCAAGAAUCGAAAACGGUUGAACGUCACUUUGCUCUUGUUCUAUGUAUUCACGACGGGUAUCGGUGGUACCUCGGUGUACUCGGUCUUCACUCCGAUUUCUAAAGAAACGGCCAUCAGCAUAGCCCAGCUUAACAAUGGUACCGGAUACCUUUUUCUUAUGGCAGGAUGGACAAAUAUUAUAUGGCAACCCCUGGCUCUUACCUUUGGUCGACGCCCUAUUAUUUUGUUGAGCUUACUCUUUUGUGUCGCCAUAUCUGAAUGGACAGCGUGGAUUGACCACUAUCCAUCGUGGGCUGCAGCACGAUGCCUAUAUGGCUUGGCCUGUGCUCCAGUCGAAGUACUACCGCAAAUCUGUAUCCCAGACGUGUUCUUUGCUCAUGAAAGAGGCGCUUUUAUUGGGUGGUACAUGUUUGUCCUCUGUGCCAGCAAUUUUAUUGCACCUCUCAUCGCCGGGUUCAUGAAUGAUACCUACGGAUGGCAUUGGGUACAGCAUUGGGCUGCCCUGAUUCUAGCUCUAAAUUUCGUGCUUGCCUUCUUUCUGUACGAGGAGUCGAUGUAUACGCGUACAAGCGUGGAGGGCGAGAAAGUGGACGAGUUUCCCGAUUUGGAUGACAGACAUGCUGCUCAACGGUCCGAUGUGGCUACAGGAAGCCGAAAGGAAACACUACUAGAGAGCAUGAAGCUGUGGUCCUAUAAUGGAAACUCGUUCUCUCAGAUUAUUCGUAUCGCAUACCGCCCGAUUCUGAUUUUCUUCCAAUUCCCUAAUAUCAUGUGGGCAGGCUUUAUGUACGGAUUCGCCUUGGCCUGGUACAAUGUGUACAAUGCAACUACUUCAGCUAUCCUCUCAGCGGCACCCUAUGAUUUUUCUGCUGCUCUUGUCGGUCUCUCAUAUGUUGCGCCAUUAAUAGGUGCCACUAUCGCAGGUGUUGUCUCCGGACCUGUCGCCGACUGGUUGACACUGAGAUUGGCUUCACGGCUCGGAGGUCUCCGUGAGCCAGAACAACGUCUUUGGGGUUUAGUUGUUUACUGUCUUUUGAUGCCUGGGGGUCUUUUACUCUGGGGCCUAGGUACAUACCACCAAGUUCAUUGGGCAGUUAUCCUCCUCGGCGGUCUUUUCUGCGGUUAUUGCAAUGUUUCUGGUGGUGCUUAUGCACUUGCCUAUGCCGUUGACUGCUUCAAGGAACUGUCAGGUGAAACGAUUGUUUCGGUCAUCCUAUGCCGAAAUACGCUGAGCUUUGCUUUCAACUAUGCCAUUACACCAUGGAUUGAUGCACAAGGUCUACAAAAAACCUUUAUCGCCGUUGCGAUUUUGUCCUUGGCGUUUGGUAUGAGCUUUUUGCUCAUGGAAUGGAAAGGAAAGGCAUUGAGAGUGAUGUCUGCAGGAAGGUACUGGAAAUAUGUUGAAACACAGGUGGUGAAAUUCACUUGA